GUGUUGAUAGCAUUUCUGGAGACCUAAAAUCAACAGACGGAAGGCUUUAAACGCACCCCAUGUGCUCUCUCGUGCCUUAUUAAACUCGUUUCUCCCGAGAUCCGCUUCCUGCUUCUCGUCCUCCCCUACCCACCCACCCACUCGCUCACUAUUUCUGCGCGCAUACACACACUCCACACUCACAUAGCUUCAACAGCCCAUAUCUAUACAGGCAUCAGAUUUGUUCUUUUCACCUGCUAUACGUACGUAUCUUCUGCCUUGCCUCUCAGAUUUUCAACGCUGCAAAGUAGUGUAGCUGCCAUGGAUUGCGAUGGAAUCCUCUUGGGCAUGGGCAACCCUCUCCUGGAUAUCUCUUCCGUCGUCGACCAGGAUUUCCUGGACAAAUAUGACAUUAAGUUGAAUAAUGCAAUUCUUGCAGAGGAAAAGCACUUGCCUAUGUAUGAGGAAAUUGCAUCCAAAUACAGUGUUGAGUAUAUUGCUGGAGGUGCUACUCAAAACUCAAUCAGAGUAGCUCAGUGGAUGCUACAAGUUCCUGGUGCAACCAGUUAUAUGGGUUGCAUUGGAAAGGACAAGUUUGGGGAGGAGAUGAAGAAGAAUGCAAAACUUGCUGGUGUUAACGUUCACUAUUAUGAGGAUGAGGCUGCAGCAACAGGUACCUGUGGUGUUUGCAUAGUAGGAGGAGAAAGAUCACUUGUUGCCAACUUGUCAGCUGCAAAUUGCUACAAAUCUGAACAUUUGAAGAGACCAGAAAAUUGGGCAUUGGUUGAGAAGGCCAAGUACUACUAUAUUGCUGGUUUUUUCCUUACCGUUUCCCCGGAGUCCAUUCUGCUAGUUGCUGAACAUGCAGCUGCAAAUAACAAGGUAUUUAUGAUGAACCUUUCUGCUCCAUUUAUCUGUGAGUUCUUCAAGGAUGCGCAAGAGAAAGUGUUACCGUACAUGGACUUUGUGUUCGGAAAUGAGACUGAAGCAAGAACCUUUUCAAAGGUUCAUGGCUGGGAGACUGAGAAUGUUGAGGAGAUAGCUUUGAAAAUAUCUCAAUUGCCAAAGGCAUCUGGAACACACAAGAGGAUUACAGUCAUUACUCAGGGUGCAGAUCCAGUUGUGGUUGCUGAUGAUGGCAAGGUCAAGCUUUUCCCAGUGAUAUUGUUACCUAAAGAGAAACUUGUUGAUACCAAUGCGGCAGGUGAUGCAUUUGUUGGAGGAUUUCUGUCUCAGUUGGUUCAGGAGAAACCCAUUGAAGAUUGUGUGAGAGCUGGUUGUUAUGCAGCAAAUGUUAUCAUCCAAAGGUCUGGCUGCUCAUACCCAGAGAAGCCCGACUUUCAUUAAGGCAGUCUUCUGUGUCAUGAUUCCUACUCCUAUAUGUUCUAAUUUUGUUGUUGAGUAAGCCACUACUGGCGUUUUUAUUUCAUGGAUAUUUGUUGAUUCCUUGCUGCUUUUUAUUGCUGCAAAGGAACAGCCCUUGCAAACCAGUUAUUUGGUAAGGGAAUUUGUUUCCCUUUCCCGUGUUUCAUAUAUUGCGCGCGAUUUAUUCCUCA